AUGAAGAUGUUUUCAUUGCUUAUAGUACUAACGUUUUGCAUACAUGGCAGUUCAGCUCGUGGACUUUAUGACGAGUUAGAAGAGUUAGAAGGUAUAUGUUGUAAUAAUAAUAUUUUAAUAACUAACGUCAAACGCGAGGAUGAGAGUUCAUGAGAGUUGGCAUUCUAGAUUAACAAAAUAAAGGUUUGAUAUGGUAUAGUGUUGGGAAAACAUUAAGAACAGCUAAUCAAGGUCGCGUGAUUGCCAACUCUCAUUCUCGUUUGAUCCGGGGUUGAAUAAUAUAUUUAUUUUUUACAUCCUCUUUACAGAAUUUGAUCAAUAUGUUCGAGGGAUACCGGCAACGGCUACACCGCAACCUGAAGAAUUUGUACCAGGUAUGUAGGGGAUAAGCGUUUUUCUCCAUCGCGUGUCGUCUAGCGCGGGAGCUAAGGAAGCACAAUCAAUUUACUCUUUCAAAAACUUGUAAAACAAUUUAAUAGGCAAUUCCAGCUUUUAGGACAGGAAGUAAGGUAUCAUAUUGCUGAUUAUGCUGAAAAAUUUCAUAAAAACUUCCGAAACAACCCAACUAUUUUAAUAUUUACAAGUAUAAGCUGUCACACGGUCACCAUAUUUUUAUUUUCUCAGCAUAAUCAGCACUAUGAUACCUUACUUCCAAUCCCCCCCCCCCCUGCACGCAUAAACUAAAAGCUGGAAUUGCCUAUUGUUAGAUAAAAACAACUAUGGAUCUUAAUAUACGGCCGGGUCACACCAAAUUAAUUUCCUUUUAUAAAUCUCUUGUAUAAAUAAAGGAUUUUACAUGGCGGCGCGAAGAUAUGAUUUUUACCUUCGAGUGGUGAAAACAAUAUUUUACGAACGAGCGCAGCGAGUGAGUAAAAUAUUGUUUUUAACAAAAAUGAUUGUUUUUAUAUAGUCCCAAGGAAAAAAUUGUUAAAUUUCGCGCUUAAAAGCAAAUUAGAAAAAGUCAGGUGAUCGAUAUCUUCACUAGUGAAGAUAUGGAAAAUAUCUCACUGUGUAUUUUUCAGUAUCUCACUCUCUACUAUACCGUAUAAUAAAUAGCUAUAAUUAUAUUUAUAUUUUUCUCUCUUUGUAAAUAUCUUUUCUUGUGCUAGUGACCCCCUUGAGGAAGUCAACUAUUGCUGCUGACAAGGCUAGCGUCAUUAAAUAAAGUUUACAUACAUACAUACAAUUAUAGAACAAAAUUGUAAUUUCAUCUCCGCAAGUAAAAUAAAAAACUCCUCAUGGAUACACGGAAAUACCCUUCCCGCUAGGCAAGACCUCUCGGCGAUCACACGAACAGGAACUAAGUAUACAAAUUGUGUUUGUAGAUUGCAUCAAGGAUAUUCUAAUUCUCUGGGAUAACUCGUAUUCCAUUGGCAUAGGAGCCUUCACAGAUAAAAUAAGACCUUUUAUCAGAAAACUUAUAAAAAGUCCACGACUAAACGUAGGAGAAGGGGGUACCAAUAUUGGCGUUGUUUCGUUCAGCACACAGGCCCAAACUAGGCUGUUGUGGGACGUUUCAGACCAUCCAAAUGAAGAUGAUAUCCUGGCUCAGGUCGAUGCGAUGAACUACACUCUUCUGAAGGGAGAUGGCACAAGAACAGGCAUUGCUUUAAAGACGGCAAAUGAGGUAAUUAUAACCAUAAUCUUUGACAUAACUUUCCCUGUAUACAAAAUUCUCAUACCCCCUAUGAUAAACUUCAUGUUGAGUCCCCCGCCCCCCCCCCCAAACUCAAUGUCGAGCUUGUAGUAUGGUAAAUUACCAAAAGUUGUUUUGGCGUUGUUUACAACAUUGAAGGGGGGGUGACAAAGUUCGUUUUGUAAAAUGUUCAUUUACUUUGCAAUAUUGGCUGGAAUGGUCUCAAGGGCUAUGUCCAAGCUUGUAGAAUAAUUAAGUAUCUUUCAAGACCAAGGAAAACUCAGAACAACUUCCAGCCAUGUGUCCUGAAAUUGAGGAAACAUUUUUCCCGCAGAUGAGCAAAAGAGGGAACAAUUUUUCCAAACAAUGUUUCCUAGACGUGAGAAACCAGCAACCAUUGUUUCCAACCAUGUUUUCGGGAAAUUGGGCAUAGCAGGAAACAUUGUUUCCUGGACAUGUUGCAGAAGAAAAAAACAGGAAAGAUUGCCCAUACAGUACAUAACAUCUGAAUGAAUUGCUGGAUUCAAUACAACAAAUUUUGUGCGACUGAACAUUACAACAUAUUUCAUAUUUCCAGCUGUUUUCUGACAAAAGCCCAUACAACUACCGACCAACGAUAGGCGAUGUGGUGGUUUUAUUCACGGAUGGAGAACCUAUUAGGCGACUUCGAGAACCGGAUAAUGAAGACAGUUUCGGCUUCAGAUCGGAAACAAAAAUGGCUACUCAUUAUGCUGUGGAACUCAAGAAAAAGAAUAUUACCGUGGUAGGAUUGGCUGCCGGACGAGAAGGCACUAUCGACAAAUUUUAUGACGACCUCACAGAUUGGUCGAACUUCGUGUUUAAAACGGAAUUUACUGACCUCGAUAGUAUACUGGACAAAAUUGUCAAUGCAUCAUGUACUAGUGCAGGUGAGACUAUUGCUACAACUGAUGUCGAUCGUACAAGAUACCGCCUGCUGCACCAUGGAAGGGUCACACACAAAUUCUGCAGGGCGGGUGGAAUCUUGUAAAAUAUUGGUCAUUACUAAUUCAAUUAAAUAUACAGUAAUGAAUUUUAAUAAUUAACUAGCGCUCGUUUCAGCCAAUCACAGUACAGCUUUCGGCCAAAAUCGUAACUGAUUGGUCAGUUGCAUUUUUCCUCAGCAAUGCGUAGCAAUAAUUGCAAUCUUUUAAGAUCUUUCAUAAACUAGCUUAGAAAAUACAUGCAUGCAGAACCCCUCGCCUUGCUGACAAAACCAUUGUAUUUUCCGAACAUGAAGUAUCUAAAGUAAGUCUUUAAGAAUAUUCUUACAAAUGAAAAAUCGCCUAAAAAUAUCACUUUUAAUUACAAAAUUAUCAAUUUCCCAACAUAUAUAUGUUAGGUAUGUUAUUAUACGUAAUAUAAGCCUCAAUUUAACGUAAAAUUCAACCACAAACGCCGGCUUCGCAAAACGUUUUAAAGUGUUCUUUAUAAAACCAUGAUAAAACUAAACUGCCUUUAAUUAAAUGGCUUUAUCGAUAAACUUUGAGUUUGCAAUAAAAUGAUUUCAAAUUCUCGCUUGCAAAUAACUUUGCUUUCUUUUUUAUUUUAAAAAUUCAAUAUAAUAAAAAGGGAAUCAAUAUUAAAGAUACACUGGAAUUAUAUGCUGUCUAUUAUCUGCGACGCAAAGGCCGUCGGGUUUUAAAGCCAUUAUAAAAUCAAUAUUUAAAACAAACUUACCUUCGUUAACGUCGCCUCCCUUCCUUUAACCGAUUCUUUCGCCCUUUCUUUCUUUCUUUCUUGAAAUUUACAAAAUCUUGCAAAAAUGCGAGCACAAAUUAAAUAUAUUUGCGAGAAAUUUAUCAAUCAUCAAAUCAAGAAAUGUUUGCUAUUUCGCUGUCGUCAUGCGGUCGUUAUAAUGCUAACGUUAAAUUGGACCAACCAGUGUCCGCUAUUCAUGACAGUCCGCCAUAUUUUUGAGAUCAGUGAGGAUGACCACCCAUCGUUGGUCACCCACGCCCGCGAUAAUUGAUGAACUUUAGACUUCGCUAAUGCUUUCGUUUCCCCCGGGUGUAAAUAGCCGGGGGAAAUUACCCUCGCACGGCGCUUCGCGCCGUCGGCUCGGGGAUUAAUUUGAGCUUUUAAGCCUUCAGGGUAAACUUUUUCACUAGUUUUAGUUUUUCCACCAAAAUGCCAUUUUGUCGUUAAGGAAUAACAUUUCCCACAUGCAGACAGCACUUUUGAGCAAAAACAUAACAGUUUUAGAACAGGCUUUUAUAAUGGCGUGUUGAACAAUGUAAAGCAAUGUUCAAGUACUUUCUUCCUUUUACAAUAUUAAUUAUUGCCAUUUGCCCCAUAUUCCUCAAAGUAUAUUGUGAAAAAUAUAUCUACGGAGAAAGAUUGAGUUUCCAAACUCAACUGAAGAUUGAGAUUCACUGUCGUACAUCCGUACACAAAAGUGUUUAAAUUCAUCCCUGGCAUCCAAUCUUCUUUGCAGGAGAAUGUGGCUGUGAUGAACUGAAUACAAAGGCCUAUACCAAGAAAGGACGAGACGCUAUUGUCGAGUGGUUACAACCAACCCUUACAUGUACAACCCGUCAACCAGCCAUUUUGGAAACGACGAUCAGCCAUAAUUGUUCCAAACCUGGCCAAAGAUUAACAGAAGGUCUGCAUGAGAUUAUUUAUAGCUUUACGUAUCAAGAUGGUGCUAAGCUAAGGACCCGACGCUGUAACGUGUCAAUAGACGUUUUAGGUAAGUCAAUGAAUAUCUACAUACCAAGCAGGGAGCUGCUGAAUAAUGUCUAUCUCUAUGUCAUUUCUUUCAUUUAGCUUGUGAGUGCCCAACUCAAACCGUUAAUGGAGUAAUAAGACCAUCUAGAACCCAAGGUCUAGCCAGUUGGAAAAUACCAGAACCGACAUGUCCAGCAGAACCAAAGCGACCGGUACCAGAGCCUGCGGGUUUGUUUACGGAAGGAGACCACACCGUGCAAUAUGUCUACACUCACACAAGUGCCAGCAAUACAUUUGAUAUAACAUGUGAUGUGAAUAUCAACAUGGAAGGUAUACGUAUUAAAUGUGCGAUGCCCAGUGAGCUCUAUAAUAUAUCUGGAGCAAGAGCUUCAGUCAUUCGGCCUAUGAGAAAAGUGAAGCUACGAUGGCGGCCAUUAACGUCCAAUAGCUCUGAAGGUCGUAAACAGUUUUUAUACCAUUUUUCCCAGCUAAUUCCAGUUUUUCUAACGGACCGCAUCGCUAAUCAAGUUUCAGUUCAUAAAAUCAUACCAUUAGUCUUUAAAUUGAAGUCAAAAUACGAAAUUUCGGCACACUCCUUGCAACGAUGGCGGAAAUUGAAGGAGCUAUAGGACAUCAGUUCCAGUCCCUUUCUAUUGUUUUUGUCUGCGCGGUUAACACGAAGCUGGCUUCACUUUUUGGACGCAAGUUCUCGCUCCAGUAUAUAUGGAGCUCACUGGCGAGGCCUCGGUACUGGCAUCAUCAAUACCCCUGCCAGGUUAUGUUUUUUUUAUCGGCGUUUAAUGCACCAAUUCGUUAAGCAAAUAUUCUAGGACAAUUAAGAAAACAACUAUGACACACACAAUGUUGUGGGAGAAGGGUUGUCGAGGAGAAAUGCUCCGAUUAUACUUUAAAUUGUGGCCAAAGUGUCGCCCCACAGACUCACUAUUACAGCAAUAUGAUUAUGAUAUAAUUAUAUGUCCUCAGGGGGUUGUGGUUCCCCCAUGUUGGACUUUACCCAAGGGGUAGUAGAUCCCCGAGAUGGGCAUCUUAAAUGUCCAAGGGGUAGUAGAUCCCCGUGA